AUAUCUAUAGAAUAAAAUGUCACAGUUUACUAUUUUUUCAGUUUAAUAAUUUUGAUCAUCGUGAUGGCAAAAUAUAUUUUGUUAUCCUUAGCUUUUCUCUUUCUCUUGCGGCAUACCAGCGCACAGACUUCUGGCAACGCUACUGCAGCAUCGGCACCCUCAUUUGCCGGUCUGGUGAAUGCUAUUCUCGCUUCUGGAAGAUUACAGCAAUCGAUUUCUGGAAGCAAAACUUGUCUUACUGGAGAAAACGAUAAUUUUAAAGAAGUUCGGUGUCCAUCACAAAAGGGAAAUUGCUUGACGAAGAUUGUUUACAAUCAUGAUUUGGUUCAUGUGAUGAGAGAAUGCAAGGAAGAAGAACCAUGCAAGAAUCUACAAAGUCAAAAUAGAAUACAAUGUAGGGGACCUCAAGCAAAAAGAAAUCAGAUGGCGUGCCACACCAAGAUUACAUUUACGAACGGAUAUACGGGCCUACACGAAAAUGCUGAGGUUGAAAGUCAGUGCAUGGCGGUAAAUAAAUGCCUAGAAUUGGGCAGACAAAAUGUGGAAGCGUGCAAAACUGCAGAAGAACAGGCAAUCGAGGGAACAGUCUGCAACUAUUGCUGUUUCACAGAUGGUUGCAACAACGACCCCUAUGUCAUUGAGAGAAUAGAGAGAGGAUUAGCCUAGGUUGCAACUCGCAAGAUACUUCACUUCAGAUUUUUUUCCAGCAGAAAAAAAUCAAAUAAAAAAGCGAGCAUUGUAUGUUGGAGUGUAAUAAAACAUCAAAAUAAAAUGAAA